GCCCUCAAGAUGGCGGCGGGCUUCCGGAGCGGCUCGGCCCAGCAGUAGUGGCGGGACGGCUACUCGCCGCUAGGGCCGGCCGCCCCCGGAGGCUGCAGCAGCGCCAGGAGUCGAGGAUGGUAAAAUGACCCAGGGAAAGAAAAAGAAACGGGCCGCGAACCGCAGUAUCAUGCUGGCCAAGAAGAUCAUCAUUAAGGACGGAGGCACGCCUCAAGGAAUUGGUUCUCCUAGUGUUUAUCAUGCGGUUAUUGUCAUCUUUCUGGAGUUUUUUGCUUGGGGACUAUUAACGGCACCAACGUUGGUGGUAUUACAUGAAACCUUCCCUAAACAUACAUUUCUGAUGAAUGGCCUAAUUCAAGGAGUAAAGGGUUUGUUGUCCUUCCUCAGUGCCCCCCUUAUUGGUGCUCUUUCUGAUGUUUGGGGCCGAAAGUCCUUCUUGCUGCUAACGGUUUUUUUCACAUGUGCUCCAAUCCCUUUAAUGAAAAUCAGCCCAUGGUGGUAUUUUGCUGUUAUCUCUGUUUCUGGGGUUUUUGCAGUGACAUUCUCUGUGGUAUUUGCAUACGUAGCAGAUAUAACUCAAGAGCAUGAAAGAAGUAUGGCUUAUGGGUUGGUUUCAGCAACAUUCGCUGCAAGUUUAGUUACCAGCCCUGCUAUUGGAGCUUACCUUGGACGAGUGUACGGGGAUACCUUAGUGGUGGUCUUGGCUACAGCAAUAGCUUUGCUUGAUAUUUGCUUCAUACUUGUGGCUGUGCCAGAGUCACUGCCUGAGAAGAUGCGGCCAGCAUCAUGGGGAGCACCAAUUUCCUGGGAACAGGCUGACCCUUUUGCAUCCUUAAAGAAAGUGGGUCAGGAUUCCAUCGUGCUGCUCAUCUGUAUCACGGUGUUCCUCUCUUACCUGCCCGAGGCAGGCCAGUACUCCAGCUUCUUCUUGUACCUCAGACAGAUAAUGAAAUUUUCACCAGAAAGUGUUGCAGCCUUCAUAGCUGUCCUUGGCAUUCUUUCUAUUAUUGCACAGACCAUAGUCUUGAGUUUGCUUAUGAGGUCAAUUGGAAAUAAGAACACCAUUUUAUUGGGUCUAGGAUUUCAAAUAUUACAACUGGCAUGGUAUGGCUUUGGUUCAGAACCUUGGAUGAUGUGGGCUGCUGGGGCAGUUGCAGCCAUGUCCAGCAUUACCUUUCCUGCUGUUAGUGCCCUUGUUUCCCGAACUGCUGAUGCUGAUCAACAGGGUGUUGUUCAAGGAAUGAUAACAGGAAUUAGAGGAUUAUGUAACGGUCUGGGACCAGCCCUUUAUGGAUUUAUUUUCUACAUAUUCCAUGUGGAACUUAAAGAACUGCCAAUCACAGGAACAGACUUGGGGACAAACACAAGCCCUCAGCACCACUUUGAACAGAACUCCAUCAUCCCCGGUCCCCCCUUCCUCUUUGGAGCCUGUUCGGUACUGCUGGCUCUGCUUGUUGCCUUGUUCAUUCCGGAACAUACUAAUUUAAGUUUAAGGUCCAGCAGUUGGAGAAAGCAUUGUGGCAGCCACAGCCAUCCUCACAAUACACAAGCGCCAGGAGAGGCCAAAGAACCUUUGCUCCAGGACACAAAUGUGUAAGGACCAAAAUCAGGAAGAUUUUUCUAUCAGCACCCAGGUCUUAGUUUUCACCUGUAGUUCUGGAUGUACAUUCCAUUUCCAUCUAAAGUGUACUUUAAGGUUGUCCUAAGAAAUGUAUUUGCAUGAACUCCGUGGGAACUAAAGAAUGAACCGGACAGUUUUCCAAAGAUGUUACCUUUUUUUUUUUUUUUAAAGAAACCUUUGUUUAUUAGCACCAAUCUCUUGCCACUAAACUGUUUUAUGACACUUCCUUUAAUUAAAAACUAUAUAUGUAACUCUUAGCUGUUAGCAUAUGUCUCUACUACCAUUUCCUUAAGGUGUUGAGCUUUACCUCUGUUGAUGCUCACUCAGUGAGACAGAGUAGGGAGUAUAGCUGUGGACCUGUUUGACAUUGUAAAAUCCCGAGUCAGAUUUUAAUAUUGUAAAAAUUUUGAGUCAAAUGAUUCAAAGCCUUAAUGCAGCUGCACUAGAAUAAAGAAAUGGUAAAUGAAUUGUUUGCAUUAAAAGAGAAAAAUGUACUAAAUCAGAAUCAUGUUUUAAGCUUUUUUGCCAUAAUUUCAUUUUAAACAUUAUUCACUACUGUUUUGCAGAAAAGAUGGCCAUUUAGACUUUAACUUGGAGUGGUUGGAGCUUGUCCAUAUAUGUGCUGGUUCAGAUUUGUUCAAAUCUGUUCUGCUUCUUAUACCACUAUUCUUUUAAUGUUUGCAUAAUCAUAAAAACCUCAACACUUGAAUACAUAAUCUAAAGAUUCUAUAGUAAAGCUGGUAGCCUUGAAAACGUCAAUGUGAUAUCUAUAUGUAGAUAAAUAUAUAUAGUGGCCUUUCAGGACUGUCACAGUAACACUUUAUUUACAGAGCUAAUGUUUGUCCUAAAUUUUCAGGACCCUAGAAGAGAGCUUUAUACAAUUAUUGAUGUGAAUUUCUCUAAAGUGUAUAUUUUUGUGUCCAGUUAUUUAAAAAGUGUUACUUUGUAAAAAUUGUACAUAAAGUAUUGUAUAGUUUACACUGUUUUCAUCUUGUGUGUGGUUACUGCCUAAUGCUUUUUAAACUUGGAACAUUCACUAUGAUUAAAUAAGG